AUGUAUGAAUUUUUAUCAACAUUACGAACAACACUUAGUAAUUAUUCCUUUGAUCUUCCGACAUCAGUUUUUACGACAAAUAAUAAUCAAAUAUAUUUAACAAAAAGUCAAAUUGACAUAUUAAAUAAAUUUUCAAAUUAUUAUCCUUCAUCAAUAAUUAGAGAUGUAACUGUUACUAAAUUAGUUAAUGACAUAUCAUUACAAGGUCAAAUAUUUAAGAAAUUAACCACUUCUAGCAUUAGAACUUCAGCAGAUUUAUCAAAAUCAAUGUAUUUUAUUAUUGAUAAAUUGGACAAAACUAAAUUUGAAGAUUUACUAGUUACUGAUCAUAAUAGUGUAAAAAAUAAUAAUGACAUUAGAAUUUGGGUUGAUUCAGAAGUGUUGUUGAGUGAAGUUAUGAAGAGAUGUGAUCAAACGAGAAGUGAGUACACUAAUAUUACUAAUAGUUUAAAUACAAUUCAACAUCUUUUACAAGAAAGAAAAACUGCCAUUAUUAACGAAGAAAAGAAAUUGGUACAAAAUGACAGAUUACAAAAUCAUGGUGCUACAAAAGGAGCAUUAGCAGGUCUAGGUUUAGGAACAGCUAUUGCCAUCCCAUUAUCUCUAUUUAUAUCACCUUUUGAUGGUGGCAUAACAUUGAUUAGUACAACUUUGAUGGGUGGAAUUAUAGGAACUGUUUAUCAUGAAAAAGAUCAUGAUGAUGUGCUCUCUGAUAAAAAACAGGCAAAAACUUUAUUAUUAAAGGAAGAUCAAAAAUAUAUUGACUCUGUUGUUGUUGAUGUUAAAGAAAUUAGGAAAAGCGUUGGUGUAUUUGAAAAUUAUUGGUUAAAUCAAUUCAAUUUAAUUGGUGAUUCUAAAAAUUUGAUUAUAAAUAAAAAAAACAAUAUUAUCAAUGAUAAAUUUUCAACUCAUUCAAUUUUAAAAUCAUGGAUUCAAGCAAGAAAAUAUUUUGAUAAUUAUCAACAAACUGUAACCAAUUUACAAUAA